GCCGGGGCCUGCUUCGCCGGGACGGCGGGGCGGGGGUCAGGUUCCUCUACUCUGAAAUUCACUCUUAGCGUUCGAUGAUGGGUGACGUUCUAGCUUAUGAAGCAGAGCUACUUGGAAUGGUGAAGGAGUAUCUGGAGUUUGCGGAAUUUGAGGAUACCGUGAAGUCAUUUACAAAGGAAUGCAAAAUAAAAGGGAAGCCGUUACCGAAAACAGGAGGUGGGUCUGUGAAAGACUCUAAGGCUGUUACCAUCCAGGAUAUGCUAGCAUCCUUUACCGAUGGUGACCAGGAUGUCUUCUUUGAACUCUGGGAAGAGCACGUUCCUCCUUCAGUCCGGGACAACGAGGCCAUCGCUCAGAAGCUGGAGUUCUACCUUCACAUCCAUUUUGCCAUCAUCCUCUUAAAACGUAGCGUGGGGGAGUCUCCUGGCUCAUCUCCUUGUUACAACAAAGCAGCGUCGGACGACUGUCCAUCUCGGAGACCUUUGUG